AUGGCGGUUGACCUGUCCCUCUAUCUAGUCACGGACUCGACCCCCGCCAUCCUCAAGGGUCGCGACAUCUGCACAGUCGUGGAGGAGGCUUUGAAAGGAGGUGUCACCGUGGUGCAAUACCGUGACAAAAAGAGCGACACUGGAGAGCAGAUUGCUACUGCUAGAAAGCUACACCAGAUCUGCCAGAAAUAUGGAGUACCACUCUUGAUCAAUGACCGAGUUGAUGUGGCUCUUGCUGUUGGUGCUGAGGGUGUGCACCUGGGUCAAGAUGAUAUGAAAUUCGCGGAAGCCAAAAAGAUUCUCCCCAAGGAGGCCAUCAUUGGUAUCAGUGCCUCCACGCUUGAGGAGGCUCAGAAGGCAAUUGCCGACGGGGCGGAUUACCUAGGCAUCGGCACGAUGUUCGCCACUCCAACUAAAACCAAUACUCGAUAUGUUCUCGGAACUGCCGGCACUCAAGCAAUCUUGGACGCUAUCAGCACUACCUCGGUGAACACUGUUGCCAUUGGCGGUAUCAACCACUCGAAUGUGCAGCGCGUGAUCUACCAGUCAGAGUCACCCAAGAAGGCCCUGGACGGCGUCGCCAUUGUCAGCGCUAUAAUGGCUGCCGAUGACUCCAAGGCUGCAGCGGAAGAGCUCGCCAAACUAAUCAAGAACCCCCCCUGCAUUCGCACUGGCUCGUCAGCCUUGCUGCAAGAGGUACCGGCUAUUGUGCGCAAGAUGGUCGAAGUGCACCCGCUUGUCCACAACAUGAUCAAUUUUGUCGUGGCUAAUUUUGUUGCCAACGUCGUGCUUUCCAUUGGCGCAUCGCCUAUCAUGUCGCCGUACGGGGAUGAAGCUAAGGACCUAUGCAAGUUCGAUGGAGCUCUUCUCAUCAACAUGGGGACCUUGACCAGCGAGAGUGUUUCGAACUACCUCAAGGCCAUCGCAGCAUACAACGGACGAGGAAACCCAGUUAUCUACGACCCAGUUGGUGCCGGUGCAACUGGUAUUCGACGCAAUGCAGUAUCGGAUCUCAUGGCCGGAGGCUACUUUGACCUUAUCAAGGGCAACGAGGGCGAAAUCCGCCAGGCCUGGGGCAGCAGUGGAGUCCAACAGCGUGGUGUGGAUAGCGGACCGAGUACCCUUGAUGGGCAACAAAAGGCCCGUCUGGCUCGAGACCUAGCCCGACGCGAAAGAAAUGUCGUUCUAAUGACGGGAGCUGUUGAUUAUCUUAGUGAUGGCGAACGAGUCAUCGCUGUGGAGAACGGCCAUCCCUUCCUCGGUCAGGUUACAGGCACUGGUUGCGCCGUUGGUUCUAUCUCGGGAUGUUUCCUCACAGCCCACCGCUCCGAUCGACUUCUGGCAGUUCUGUCGGGUAUCUUGAUGUACGAGAUUGCAGCUGAGAAUGCGGCGAGCAAGGAAUAUGUCCGUGGACCUGGUAGCUUCGUGCCUGCAUUCCUCGAUGAGCUUUACGCCAUCCGUACUGCGGCGGGCAAAGGCGAUGACAGCUGGUUUACCGGCCGGGCCAAGGUGCAGGAAAUCAAGUUAUGA